GACAGGGCAGGCUCUCAAACCUCAGACGCAACAAAUUGCUACUGUGUACUUCGUAGAGCCCAGCGCUUCCGCCGUCCUCCUAUUCCCCAUUCUUCCUACUCUCUUCGCUCAGCGCAGCGUUUCCGAUUCAAUCCCUACUACUCGCUUCACCAUCUUCUACAGCCUCCUGUCUCGGCGGGGCAGUCUACAAAGGGGCGCUACCUAAGACACUAUGCCUGCUGUGAGCAGAAGAGCCGGCCGCAAGAAGGACGCGCAGCCGUCCGCGGGAGGCGGCGGCCGUUCUACCGGCGGACAAGGUAUCAAGAAGGCUCUCUACGAAACAAACAAGAAGAAGGAGGUCGGCGUGUCGGAUUUGACGCUAAUCAGCAAGAUCUCCAAUGAGGCGAUCAAUGAUAACCUGAAGAAGCGGUUUGAGAACGGCGAGAUAUACACAUACAUCGGCCAUGUCUUGGUCUCGGUCAACCCGUUCAGGGACCUUGGGAUUUACACAGAUGACGUCCUACACAGUUACCAGGGCAAGAACAGAUUAGAAAUGCCCCCUCACGUAUUCGCCAUUGCGGAGUCGGCGUACUACAAUAUGAAGGCGUACAACGAGAACCAGUGUAUUAUCAUCUCUGGUGAAUCAGGAGCAGGGAAGACGGAGGCGGCAAAACGAAUAAUGCAAUACAUCGCGAACGUAUCAGGUGGCAGCGAUUCGUCGAUUCAGCAGAUUAAGGACAUGGUUCUCGCGACGAAUCCUCUCCUUGAAAGCUUCGGUAACGCAAAGACUCUCAGGAACAAUAAUUCUUCGCGAUUUGGGAAAUAUCUGGAGAUCCACUUCAACCAACAAGGCGAGCCUGUGGGAGCGAACAUCAACAAUUACCUCUUGGAGAAGUCCCGAGUGGUAGGGCAAAUCACUAACGAGAGGAAUUUCCAUAUUUUUUAUCAGUUCACGAAAGCCGCGUCACAAAAUUACAGAGAAAUAUUCGGUGUUCAGGAGCCAAAGUCAUAUCUUUAUACAAGUCGAUCGAAGUGUUUUGACGUUGCAGGCAUCGACGACCAUGGCGAUUUCAAAGACACUUUGAACGCCAUGAAGGUCAUUGGUCUGCAGCAAGCGGAACAAGACAAUAUUUUUCGCAUGCUAGCAGCUAUUUUGUGGCUAGGAAAUAUCACCUUUGUCGAAGACAAAGAAGGCAACGCAGCAAUCGCGGACCAGUCCGUGGUUGACUUUGUGGCGUAUUUGCUGGAAGUGGACUCCGCACAUGUCAACAAAGCUCUGACACAGAGAAUAUUGGAGACAAGCAGAGGUGGUAGGAGAGGCUCGGUUUAUGACGUUCCGCUCAACAUCCCACAAGCAGGUGCAGUUCGAGAUGCUCUUGCGAAAGCUAUCUACUUCAACUUGUUCGAUUGGAUCGUACAACGUGUCAACGAGUCGUUGAGGGCUCGUGGUGCGUCGGCUUAUUCGAUUGGCAUCCUAGAUAUUUACGGCUUCGAGAUUUUUGAGAGGAACAGCUUUGAACAGUUGUGUAUCAAUUACGUGAACGAGAAGUUGCAGCAGAUCUUCAUUCAAUUAACAUUGAAGACUGAGCAGGAAGAGUACGCAAGAGAACAAAUUAAAUGGACGCCAAUAAAGUACUUCGACAACAAGGUCGUUUGCGAGUUAAUCGAAGAGAAGCGGCCUCCCGGAGUUUUCGCGGCGCUUAACGAUGCAUGCGCUACAGCUCAUGCGGACCCCGCGGCUGCAGACCAGACAUUUGUGCAAAGAUUGAAUGCUCUGGCUUCAAACCAAUACUUCCAGCCAAGGCAAGGUCAAUUUAUCAUCAAGCACUACGCUGGCGAUGUUGCAUACGCUGUUGAAGGAAUGACAGACAAGAACAAAGACCAGUUACUAAAGGACCUUCUCGUUCUUGUUAGUCAGACAAGCAAUCAAUUCCUCCACACCCUAUUUCCAGCACCAGUCGACACGGAUAGCAAGAGACGGCCACCAACUGCUGGAGAUAAGAUCAAAGUGUCAGCAAAUGAUCUAGUCGCCACGCUCAUGAAAUGUUCCCCGUCGUAUAUCCGGACCAUCAAGCCGAACGAGAACAAGUCACCGUCUGAAUACAACUCUGCCAAUGUACUGCAUCAAAUCAAGUACCUCGGUCUCCAAGAGAACGUCCGUAUUCGACGUGCAGGCUUCGCUUAUCGCCAAACCUUCGAAAAAUUUGUGGAACGCUUUUACCUAUUAUCUCCCAAGACCUCAUAUGCUGGCGAUUAUACUUGGACUGGCGAUUAUCUAUCAGGAACAAAGCAAAUUCUCAAGGACACGAAUAUUCCAGUGGAAGAGUACCAGAUGGGUGUGACUAAAGCUUUCAUCAAGACUCCAGAGACAUUGUUUGCCCUCGAAACUAUGCGUGAUCGCUAUUGGCAUAAUAUGGCUAUCAGAAUCCAACGUGCAUGGAGAAACUAUCUUCGUUAUAGAGCCGAAUGUGCGACGCGUAUUCAACGCUGGUGGCGACGCAUCAAUGGUGGCUUUGAGUUCAUCCAAUUGCGUGACCAAGGACAUCAAAUCCUGGCUGGCCGAAAAGAACGAAGAAGGUACAGCUUGGUAGGCUACAGGCGGUUUUUGGGCGACUAUCUCGGCAUCGCGAACGCUGGAGGGUUCGGAGAGAUCGUUGCCAGCGCCAUCAAUCUUCCUAGAGGCGAGCCUGUGCUUUUCUCUUGCCGAGCCGAAGUGCUCGUUUCCAAAUUGGGACGAUCGUCAAAGCCAGAAGCUCGUAUACUGAUCCUUACCAACAAGAAUAUCUACCUUGUCAAGCAGGUUCUGGUGCAACGUCAGGUUCAGAUCGUAACUGAACGAACAAUCAAUCUGGGUGCCAUCAAGUUCAUUGGAUGCUCAAAUCUAAAAGACGACUGGUUCUCCAUUGGCAUCGGGUCAGCGCAAGAGCCAGAUCCAUUGGUCAAUUGCGUGUUUAAGACUGAGUUCUUUACUCAUUUAAAGAACGCCAAUCGCGGGUCGCUUGACCUCAGAAUUGGACCCCAGAUCGAAUACGCGAAGAAGCCUGGCAAGAUGGCAGUAGUCAAGGCUCAGAAGGACCCUAAUGUACCGCGUGACGACGUUUACAAGAGUGGUACUAUUCACACAGGCCCAGGGGAGCCACCAAACUCUGUGUCCAAGCCAACCCCGAAAGGUCGGCAAAAACCUGCUAGGGCAAUCACGAAGGGCAAACUUCUCAAGGCUGGCGGACCUGGGGGUCAAAUGGGCAAGCUCUCAGCUGCAGCAAGAAAUCAGUCGGCCAAGCCAAUGCCGGCUGCUCAAAACAGGGUCGUACCUCAGCCUCAACCAGCUGCUGCAGUUGCAAACGGUUUCGACAGCCACACGUCUGCAGCAUCUGCCGCGUCAUCUACAAGAGCGCCUCCACCCCCACCUCCGCCUGCCCCGCCCGUGUCUAGGGAACCUACUUGCAAGGCGUUGUAUGACUUUGUUGGACAAACAAGUGGUGAGAUGAGUGUCAAGAAAGACGACGUCGUUAUCAUCGUACAGAAAGAAGACAACGGAUGGUGGUUGGCUAAACGCAAAGACGGAUCUGCAUCGGGCUGGGUUCCAUCAGCGUAUAUGGAAGAGAUUGUCCAGCAAGCACCCCCUCCACCUCCCCCUGUAGCACCACGCCCCGUACCGCCAGCUAAUGGCGUCAAUGGAGCAUCGGCUGCGGCUAAGGGUAAGCCCGGACCUCCCGUCCCUCCAACUAAGCGGCCUGCCGGGAAGAAGCCUGUCCCCAUGCCAGCUGGAGCAGCUGAGAGAGAUAGUGGUUAUUCUGGUUCGGGAGCUAGUGCGAGAGACAGUGGUGGAAGUGUUGCCGGUAGCUUGGCUGAAGCGUUGAGACAGCGGCAGGCUGCCAUGCACUCACGUAGAAAUGAUGAUGAUGACUGGUGAAUGACUCGGGCCGAGUUUCACGCCUUACAAUCGGGAUUUCAAACGGGAGAUGGAAUUUUUUUUUCUUCAUUAAAAUUGUAUCUGCCUUCUGAUGAGAAAAGCUCGUACGGUGCAUAGACGAAUCACAAAUACGCUGUGCUUAGCCUAUCAUGUUAAUGAGACGGGAAAGGAAUAUGAAUGUUGCUCUGGCGUUCGCGGUGAUCACGAGGCUCCUUCUUAUCAUUGCACGGGUUUGUCCUGCAAUGUCAUGAAGUGUCAGGGAAGAGGCUACACGUCAGGGGUGAAGCUCAGUCGGAACCAGAACCGUCCCCGAACACCUGGUCAUUGGCUUGGUGGAUUUAGGAGGAAUACGUCCGAUUCGUGCCUUGGCGAAGAAACACACGUAUUUUUGAUGCGAGUCAUAAGAAUGCAGGUCCUGCAACAUGUUGUGCAUUUAUCCUGGGCAGAAGGGCACGGUAUGUGCAUGCUGCCCUUGGCAGCUGAAGGCCGCACUGCAUGUCGGUAGGCCAGUGGUGAUGAACGAGG